AUGGCGCACGACGCGUCCGGCGCAGCUUCCGGCGCGGCCUCUGCCGAGGUCGCACGCCGUGGCUUUAGCGUCGAUGCAGGGCGUGCGCAGACGCAGGCCGCUGGGAUGAAGGCGUCGUUUGAAGAUGUCGUGCGCCAGACAGGCUGGCUCUUGCACCUCCGUGCGCAGCUCGCGCGCCAGGGCCAAGGCGCGCGCGAGCCGCUGCCGAUGUUAUACCCCCUUGCGCGUGUGUGCAAGUCAUACCUUGAACAUGCAGUAGCGCUGCGUGAUCACCUCCUCUGUGCACAGGCGCAUCUCGAGCGUGCACUCGAAAAACAGGACGGCAAGGACGAGCUCGUGGCGCCCGACUCGUCGCUCGCGCAGCUUGAUCCCGAGCUGUACCGUGUAAUUUCCGCGAUGCCGCUCGACUGGAGCGGCGAGAAUGCGGAGAGCACCGACUUUGGGGUGCUGCCCAACAUGACGGCGCUGCCGGAACUUGCGAGCACCACCGCGGCGGCCAACGCGCCGCCCGGCGCUGACGCGUCGAGUGCCAUUGCCAUCGAUAGCGACGACGAAGAGCCGACGUCUGCCCGCCGCAGCGGCGAUGCGCUCGCGAACGAUCAGCCGACAAAGCGGCGCAAGGUCGAAGGGAGCGAUGCGCCGGAUAUCAUGUCCAUGUUCUUUGCGGAGAACAUGGCGGGCGACAAGAAAGCCGAGGCGGCGCCCGAGGCGCCCGCGUCUGCGAGCACGGACGCGUCCGGCCUCGACCAGCUGAUCGCCGACAACAUGUCGGACCUAUCGUGGCUCGACUUUUCCUCGCUCGGCAACCACGCCGGCGAGGACAGCCAGUUUCGCCGAAUUUAG